UGAGCCGCCGGGGCGCCGAGGCGGGAAUCUGUGUGUUUGCGGGUUCCGGCUGCUUUCCUGACUUCUUGUGGCGGCCCCGGGCGGACCCUGCCCCGCGCUUGUCUGUCAACGGGAGAGGAAGCCGGGGUGGCAGGAAGGGCUCCAGCGAGCUCUUGGGCACCUGCCUGAAGCCGCCUGACGACCCCCCGUCUGGCUAGUCUCCGGGCCCGCGCUUGCCCGGCCUCCCCGCGAAUCCCUGGCGGGUCCUGGGCUCCCGGUCCCUGGUGUUGAGAUAAAAAAUAUUUGCUAACAUGUCCCGGAUCGAAAAGAUGAGCAUUCUGGGCGUGCGGAGUUUUGGGAUAGAGGACAAAGAUAAGCAAAUUAUCACGUUCUUCAGCCCCCUCACAAUUCUGGUUGGACCCAACGGGGCGGGGAAGACGACCAUCAUUGAGUGUCUAAAAUAUAUUUGUACUGGAGAUUUCCCUCCUGGAACCAAAGGAAAUACCUUUGUUCAUGAUCCUAAGGUUGCUCAAGAAACAGAUGUUAGAGCCCAGAUUCGCCUGCAGUUUCGUGAUGUCAAUGGAGAACUUUUAGCUGUGCAGAGAUCUAUGAUGUGUACUCAGAAAAGCAAAAAGACAGAAUUUAAAACCCUGGAAGGAGUCAUUACUAGAACAAAGCAUGGUGAAAAGGUCAGUAUCAGCUCUAAGUGUGCAGAAAUUGACCGAGAGAUGAUAAGUUCCCUAGGGGUGUCCAAGUCUGUACUAAAUAAUGUCAUUUUCUGCCACCAAGAAGAUUCUAAUUGGCCUUUAAGUGAAGGAAAGGCUUUGAAGCAAAAAUUUGAUGAGAUUUUUUCAGCAACAAGGUACAUUAAAGCCUUGGAAACACUUCGACAAGUGCGCCAAACACAAGGUCAGAAAGUAAAAGAAUGUCAAACAGAACUAAAAUAUUUGAAGCAAAAUAAGGAAAAAGCUUGUGAGAUUCGUGAUCAAAUUACUAAUAAAGAAGCCCAGUUAGCAUCUUCAAAGGAAAUUGUGAAAUCCUACGAAAAUGAACUUGACCCAUUAAAGAAUCGUCUAAAAGAAAUUGAACAAAAUCUCUCUAAAAUAAUGAGACUUGACAAUGAAAUUAAAGCCUUGGAGAGUCGAAAGAAGCAGAUGGAGAAAGAUAAUAGAGAACUCGAGCAGAAAAUGGAAAAGGUUUUUCAAGGAACUGAUGAGCAGCUAAAUGAUUUAUAUCUGAAUCACCAAAGAACAGUAAGAGAGAAAGAAAAGAGACUGGUAGAUUGUCAGCGUGAAUUGGAAAAAUUAAAUAAAGAAUCUAGGCUUUUCAAUCAAGAAAAAUCAGAACUACUUGUUGAACAGGGUCGUUUACAGCUACAAGCGGAUCGCCAUCAAGAACAUAUCCGAGCUAGAGAUUCAUUAAUUCAGUCUUUGUCAACACAGCUAGAAUUGGAUGGUUUUGAGCGAGGACCAUUCAAUGAAAGACAGAUUAAAAAUUUUCACAAACUUGUGAGAGAGAGGCAAGAAAGUGAAACAGAAGCUACCAGACAACUGAUGAAUGAUUUUACAGAAAAAGAGGCACUGAAACAAAAGCAGAUAGAUGAUAUAAGGGAUAAGAAAACUGGAUUGGGAAGAAUAAUUGAGUUAAAAUCAGAAAUCUUGAAUAAGAAGCAGAAUGAAUUGAAAAAUGUGAAGUAUGAAUUACUGCAGUUGGAAGGAUCUUCAGACAGGAUUCUUGAAUUGGACCGGGAGCUUAAAAAAGCUGAACAUGAGCUUAGCAAAGCUGAGAAAAGCAGCAACAUAGAAACGUUAAAAACAGAAGUAACAAGCCUUCAAAAUGAGAAAACAGAUCUAGAUAGGACGCUGCGUAAGUUGGACCAGGAGAUGGAGCAAUUAAACCAUCAUACAACAACACGUACCCAGAUGGAGAUGCUGACUAAAGACAAAGCUGAUAAAGAUGAACAAAUCAGAAAAAUAAAAUCCAGACACAGCGAUGAUUUAUCUUCAUUAUUAGGGUAUUUUCCUAAUAAAAAACAACUUGAAGACUGGCUUCAUAGUAAAUCAAAAGAAAUUAAUCAGACAAGAGACAGACUUGCCAAAUUGAAUAAGGAACUAGCUUCAGCUGAGCAAAAUAAAAAUCAUACAAAUACUGAGCUAAAAAGAAAGGAAGAGCAGUUGUCGACUUACGAAGACAAGCUGUUUGAUAUUUGUGGUAGCCAAGAUUUUGAAAGUGAUUUAGGUAGACUUAAAGAAGAAAUUGAAAAAUCCUCAAAACAACGAGCCGUGCUGGCAGGAGCCACAGCAGUUUACUCCCAGUUUAUCACUCAGCUCACUGAUGAAAACCAAUCCUGUUGCCCCGUCUGUCAGAGAGUUUUUCAAACUGAAGCUGAAUUACAAGAAGUCAUCAGUGAUUUGCAGUCUAAGCUGCGGCUUGCUCCAGAUAAACUCAAGUCAACAGAAUCUGAGCUAAAGAAAAAAGAGAAACGGCGUGAUGAAAUGCUGGGACUUGUGCCUAUGAGGCAAAGUAUAAUUGACUUGAAAGAGAAAGAAAUACCAGAAUUAAGAAACAAACUGCAGAAUGUCAAUAGAGAUAUGCAACGCCUAAAGAAUGACAUAGAAGAACAGGAAACGCUCUUGGGUACAAUAAUACCUGAGGAAGAAAGUGCUAAAGUGUGUCUAACAGAUAUUACAAUUAUGGAGAGAUUCCAGAUGGAACUUAAAGACGUUGAAAGAAAAAUUGCACAACAAGCAGCUAAGCUACAAGGAGUAGACUUGGAGAGAACUGUUCAACAAGUAAACCAGGAAAAACAGGAAAAACAACACAAAUUAGAUACAGUUUCCAGUAAGAUUGAACUGAAUAGGAAGCUUAUACAGGACCAGCAGGAACAGAUUCAACACCUAAAAAGUACAACAAAUGAACUUAAAUCAGAGAAACUUCAGAUAUCCUCUAAUUUGCAACGUCGUCAGCAGAUGGAGGAUCAAACUGCAGAAUUAUCCACCGAAGUACAAUCUUUACACAGAGAAAUAAAGGAUGCAAAAGAACAGAUAAAUCCUUUGGAGACAGCAUUGGAAAAGUUUCAGCAGGAAAAAGAAGAAUUAAUAAACAAAAAAAAUACAAGCAACAAAAUAGCACAGGAAAAGAUGAAUGAUAUAAAAGAGAAGGUUAAAAACAUUCACAGUUAUGUAAAAGACAUUGAAAAUUAUAUUCAAGAUGGAAAAGAUGACUAUAAACAGCAAAAAGAAACUGAGCUGAAUAGAGUAAUAACUCAACUAAAUGAAUGCGAGAAACAUAAAGAAAAGAUAAAUAAGGAAAUGGGAAUCAUGAGACAAGAUAUUGAUACACAGAAGAUACAAGAAAGAUGGCUACAGGAUAACCUUACUUUAAGAAAAAGAAAUGAAGAACUUAAAGAAGUUGAAGAAGAAAGGAAACAACAUUUGAAAGAAAUGGGUCAAAUGCAGGUUUUGCAAAUGAAGAAUGAACAUCAAACAUUGGAAGAAAAAAUAGAUAACAUAAAAAGAAAUCACAGUGUGGCAUUAGGGCGGCAGAAAGGUUAUGAGGAAGAAAUUAUUCAUUUUAAGAAAGAACUUCGAGAACCUCAGUUUCGGGAUGCUGAAGAAAAGUACAGAGAAAUGAUGAUUGUUAUGAGAACAACAGAGCUUGUGAAUAAAGAUCUAGACAUUUAUUAUAAGACCCUUGACCAUUCCAAUGGCUUCUUUUCUAGAGCAAUAAUGAAAUUUCACAGUAUGAAAAUGGAAGAAAUCAAUAAAAUUAUUCGUGACCUUUGGCGAAGCACCUAUCGGGGACAAGAUAUUGAAUACAUAGAAAUUCGGUCUGAUGCUGAUGAAAAUGUAACAGCUUCAGAUAAAAGGCGGAAUUACAACUAUCGAGUGGUGAUGCUAAAAGGAGACACAGCCUUGGAUAUGCGAGGACGAUGCAGUGCCGGACAAAAGGUACUGGCCUCGCUUAUCAUUCGCUUGGCCUUGGCUGAAACUUUCUGCUUGAACUGUGGAAUUCUUGCAUUGGAUGAGCCAACUACCAAUCUUGACAGAGAGAACAUUGAAUCUCUUGCCCAUGCUCUGGUUGAGAUAAUAAAAAGUCGCUCACAGCAACGAAACUUCCAGCUUCUGAUAAUUACUCAUGAUGAAGAUUUUGUGGAACUCUUGGGGCGUUCUGAAUAUGUGGAGAAGUUCUACAGGAUUAAGAAGAACAUCGACCAGUGCUCAGAGAUUGUGACAUGCAAUGUCAGCUCCCUGGGAUCGUACGUUCAUUGAGACUCAAGAGAAUGGAAAUGCCUUAGAAACAGGGCCUUGGGCAACUAUUUAGGUCUCAUAUUAACAGAGAAAAUACAUUUUGGGGAAGGAGCUUUGUGUAUGAGGUAUUAGGUGUAUGCCAGGUUCUAAAAUCACAAAAUUGUUCAUAUGAGGUGGGGAUGGAUUCUAUGAACUUCCAGAGCACAGUGUGGAUGAGUCCAGGCCCAAAGUUGCUGACCUUCAACUGCUCAGGUCUAACUGCCUUGACAGUUUAUGGGUUUGCAUUGAAAAACCAGUAUUAAAUUCAGAGGUAACACCUAUUUCACUUCUGAUCAUGUUUAUAUAGGUUUGGGUACUUUGGUUUUUCCUGUAGAUACACAUAAAAGCCCAUUAAGACAUUAGCAUUAUUACAGCAGUGUACAUUAAUAAAAAGUUAUGAGUAUUUCCCCCACCCAACCUCUGAAAAAAAGCAGGAAAGUAAAACAAUAGAUAAGGAGAACCUACUCAUAAUUCUUGCCUUUGGAAAACUUGGGAGCAAGGCCUCCUUCCGUCUCCUAUAUGUCUAUCAACGCUGUUGCUCCCCAGGACACAUCCUUGUGUGGAAGGCAGGUGAGACUUGACAAAUCAUGACCUCCAUGGGGGCUGGCUGUUCAGUACAAGGGUCCUGUGGUAUGGGACCACCAGGGCAACUCCCAGUGGUGCUCAGAGGACCGUGUGGUGUCAGGGGUCACCACAUGCAAGAAUACACCCUAAGCCAGAUAUCAUUUUUUCUUUUCUUUUUUCUUUCUUUCUUUUUUAUUGGAUCACCAUGAAUUACAAAGUUGUUCUAACUCCGGUGACCCUUUCUCCAUCCAUCCAUCCAUCCCAGUCUUUCUCUAUGACAGACACUUUUUUCUUUUUUCCUAGUAGGCACUGUUACAAUACUGUUACUGAUAGGGUAUCAUGGAUGUGACUUUACCUCCUUUCAGCAUCUAGUUCUGGUUCAGAGUUACCCCUUUCCUGACCUAUCCGAUUUUUUUUUUUUUUUUUUUUUU